AUGAAAUUCACCUUCUUCACCGUCGUUGCUGCAGUCCUUGCCGCAUACCAUUCCGCUGAGGCUAUCAGCCAAGGGUUUCUGACCUUGGACAUUGCGAUGACAUCCGAGCAACUCUCAAGUUAUUUAGCAACGCUUGAGCCGGGAAUUCGGGAAUUUAUAUUAGCGGCGAGUAUGGACGGUGACAACGAGGACAUCGAAUCCGCUGUGCUUCAUUAUCUGGCCAAUGACAUUCUCGAACACGAGGAUAUGAGAGACUUGUAA